CCCGAAACUGACCCAGCCGCUCGUCGUCGGCCGCCACGGAUCUUGAUCCGGCCAUUUCCCAUCCGGAUCCGACGGAGACGAUGAAGGCUCACCGCGAUCAUGGAGCGGGUUCAGCAGGAGCAGCGAGCUCAGUUAUGGGGUCAAGACCCCAGACCCGUUGUUGUCAUUACGCCGACUUAUGUUAGAACUUUCCAGACCCUGCAUCUCACUGGACUGAUGCAUACGUUGAUGCUUGUGCCGUACGAUUUGACUUGGAUUGUUGUUGAGGCCGGCGGCAUCUCGAAUGAGACUGCGGAUUUGAUUGAACGGUCGAAGAUUAAGACGAUUCAUUUGGGUUUCGAGCGGGGGAUGCCACUGAAAUGGCCGGAUCGGCAUAAAAUGGAAGCUUUGAUGCGGAUCCAGGCGCUCAGGGUUGUUAAAGAGAGGAAAUUGGAUGGAAUUGUGGUGUUUGCCGAUGACAGCAACAUGCAUAGCUUGGAGUUGUUUGAUGAGAUUCAGAAAGUGAAGUGGAUUGGUGCGUUAUCAGUCGGAAUUCUUGCUCAUUCCGGGAACUCUGAACCUUUAGUUCAGAAUGAGAAGAAGAGUGAGGAAGAUAAGGAGAAUAUGCCGCUGCCUAUCCAAGGUCCAGCUUGCAAUUCAUCGAACCAGUUGGUUGGUUGGCAUACUUUCAAUUCAUUGCCGUUUAUGGAAAAUAUUGCUACUACUGUUGGUGAUGUUGGGACUGUGUUGCCGACCAAGAUAGAAUGGGCUGGGUUUGUUCUGAACUCAAAGUUGGUGUGGGGAGAAGAUGAGGGUAAGCCGGAAUGGGUUAGGGAUCUUGAUUCCGUGGGUUUGAAUGGGGAGGAGAUUGAGAGCCCGCUGGCUUUGCUAAAGGAAGCCAGUGGUGUUGAGCCUCUUGGAAGCUGCGGGAAGAAGGUUAUGCUGUGGUGGCUACGGGUGGAAGCACGGGCAGACAGCAAGUUCCCUCCCGGAUGGAUAAUAAACCCCCCUCUGGAUAUCACAGUUCCUGCAAAGAGAACUCCAUGGCCAGAUGCACCUCCCCAGCUCCCGUCCGAAAAGUUACCAAUCGAUCAAGAUCCCGCAGAGAAGCAUCCUUCAAAAUCAGGCAGAUCUCGGUCUAGACACAGUUCUCGCAGUAAAAGAAAGCAUGAACAAAGGGCAGGAAAUGCCCAAAUAACCGGAGCAACCCCAUAAGAGGAUUUGGCAUUUGUUAUACACCUCGAACAUGCUGCCACCUACGGUUUAGCAUUGAAUGAUCUGUGUACUCUCCAACAGCAGGAAGGUCGAAUGCUUGGAGAUUUGCUGGAGGGUGGUUGUUCAAAUGGGAAAGCUGGCUACUGGCUGAUGCUUUUUUGUUGUAUUUAUUUAUAUAAGUCGAGAUAUAGUAAUAGUGGGGUUAGGUAUAAUAUAAGCUGUUGUUCGUGACCCCUUAUCAGGGAUGUGUAGCAAGUUUCAUAUAUACUCAGAAAAUUCGAUUUAUACCUUUAAAUCUCAGUUGGUUUUGGUUACGGGU